AUGACUGGAAGAAGUUCUGAACUCAGCGAAGUCCUAAAAAGACGACGCAUCGACGCAUGCUGUAUACAGGAGACCAAGUGGAAGGGGUCCAAAUCUAGGCUCAUCGGUAACGGCUACAAAUUGAUCUAUUAUGGAACCACCAGUGGCAAAAACGGCGUAGGGAUAAUCUUAUCGGAAAAAUUGACCCAAAGACUAGUGGGAGUGGAAAGGGUUACAGACCGGCUCAUGGCAGUGAAGAUAGCGUUAGAAAACCAACCCGUCAUGAAUAUUAUCUGCGCUUAUACACCUCAAACAAAUAGUAAAGCGGACGAUAAAGACGCCUUCUGGGACGACCUGUAUCUUCUAAUUAAUAACAUCCCCAAGGAAGAAAACAUUGACCUAGGCGCGGACCUAAACGGCCACGUUGGCAGGGUAAGCACAAACGCAAAAGGUUGUCACGGGGGCCAUGGAUAUGGCGUUCGAAACCUUGAUGGGGAUAGGAUUAUCCAAUUUGCAACAAUUUGUAACUUAGCAAUUGUAAACACCUACUUUAAAAAGAAGGAUGCUCACCUCAUUACUUAUAGUAGUGGAGGGCAUUCAACGCAGGUGGAUUAUGUACUAGCAAGAAAAAGACAGCUUGAAAGCUAUAGAGACAGUAAGGUCAUACCCGGCGAGGCAUUAACAACGCAGCAUAGAAUCCUAGUAACCAAGUAUAAACUACCCAAACCUAUCAGAAUCAACAAUAAAUUAACCCCGAAAAUUAAAUGGAGAUCGCUAAAGGAUGAAGCUGGUCAAAGAUUUAUUCAUGCCAUGGUAGAGCAUCUUAAGCCCAUGGAUAAUAAUAGAACAACGGAUGAGGAGUGGAAUGAUUUCGAAACGACCUGUAGAAGUACCGCCGAAAAACAUCUAGGCAGGACCAGAAAUAGGAAAGGCCCCUUUAAGGAAACGGAAUGGUGGCAAACAGAGGUAAAAAAAGCCAUUGACGCCAAAAAGAAGGCGUUUAUAAAAUGGCAAUCUACAGGAGACGACUCAGACCGCAACGAGUACAAAGAGGCUAAACAUGAAGCCAAGCGUCAAGUAGCUAAAUCCCGGGCGAAAUCCAACUCAAAAUUCUACGAUAACUUGGAAUCGGCCAAAUCUGACAUUGAUAUAUUUAGGAUAGCAAAAUCCCGAAACAAUAAUAGCAAGGACAUCAGCAACGUGAAAUAUAUAAAAGGAAAAGAUAACAAACUUUUAACUAACGACAGCGAUAUAAAUGACAGAUGGGUCGAAUACUACGAAAAUCUUUAA